GAUCAACGAAUUACUAGUCGUGUCACUGAGCUCUUCGACAGUACUGCCUUGCACCAAAUCUAAGAAUGAAGAGCGUUAUUAUUUUUUGCCUGUUUGCGUUGGCGGCUGUGGCGGUGGCCAGGCCUAAUGAGAGCCGGUACACUGACAGAUAUGACAACAUCAACUUGACUGAGAUUCUGAACAACCGUCGGCUGCUGCUACCCUACCUCAAGUGUAUCCUCGACGAAGGAAAGUGCACUCCCGACGGCAAAGAGCUCAAAUCUCACAUCAGGGAAGCGUUAGAAGAAGACUGCGCUAAAUGCACGACAGCCCAGCGCGAUGGAACUCGCCAGGUGAUGGGUCACCUCAUCAACUACGAACAGGACUACUGGAACCAGCUCAAGGCUAAAUAUGACCCACAAAACAAGUACUCUACUAAACAUGAAGCCGAACUCAGGAAGAUACAGAUCCAACAGUCAAAGCUCCAAGCUGUAGUAGAUCGCUCAGCACUUGAUCCGUGGUUAAACAACUCGCAAACAAUCAGAAUCAAAAUGAAGUCCGCUAUCGUAUUUGUCGUCCUGUCCGUCGCUGUCAUGGCGUUCGCCCGCCCUGAGGAGCACUACACCGACCGCUACGACAACCUGGACCUGGAUGAGAUCCUGAGCAACCGCCGUCUGCUGGUGCCUUACGUCAAGUGUGUGCUCGACCAGGGCAAGUGCGCCCCCGAUGCUAAGGAACUCAAAGACCACAUCAAGGAAGCUCUCGAGAACGAAUGCGCCAAGUGCACUGAGACCCAGAAGAACGGCACCAGGAAGGUGAUCGGCCACCUCAUCAACAACGAGGAUGCCUACUGGAAGGAGCUCACCGCCAAGUACGACCCCGAGAACAAAUUCACCGCUAAAUACGAGAAGGAACUCCGAGAAAUCAAGGCUUAA